GUUUCACUUCCUUCCUCUGACGCCCCCUAGAGAAAAAAAAAGCAGCAAGAAAAGCGAAAACCGAAAAUGAUCCCUGGCAGUCACAGAAAUAGCAAAGGCUAAGAGAAAGGCUGAAAAUGGUUUGAAUAAACAGGUUAUGUUAAGUUACAAGAGUGCUCGACUGUCAGAUUAUUUCAGUGAACCACAACAUGGAGACUUGAUCUUUACAAGGGAACUGAGAUUUUGCGCUUGCUGAACAACAGCAUUGUUUAUUUUUCCAGACAUGUAUGCGUUUACCUUGCGUGUGAUCAGCUGUCUGUGUAUCUUUCAAGGAGGUGUUUUUUCUGAAGAAUGCAGUUAUGGUGUAUUUGGAAAACGUGAGACAUUCUUCGUGCCUGCAGGGGGCAGUUUGUCUCUGUUCUGUGUGGUUCAACACUGUGGAGGUAACUGGACAGGCAAUUGGAAAAAGCAAAAUCUCACAACUUCAACCACUGUUGAAAACAGCGCAAGGCACCGUUUCACCAUUGGCCCAGUCAGUGCCAAUCAAAGCAAACUACAUUUAAAGAUUUUGAGUGUUAGACAGUCAGAUGAAGGGUUUUACACAUGCAACGUGAAAUGGAGUGAUGGAAGCCAUGAUGUAAGCCAUUUGAUGCAAGUGAAUGUCACAAAAGGUGUUGCCUUUGAGAGAAAACCCUUACACAGGGUUCUGGUCUGCACUGUUGCCUUUCUUUGUCUUCCUGUCAUUUUGGGAUUGGCUCGCUGCCUGAGUUCAGAAGUCAAGCAACAGCCACAUCCCAGGAUAGAGGUCUUACUUGCAGAUGGACAUAAAGAUAGAUCACAUCAGCCUCCACAGCCUCCACCCCGACGCCCAGUACCAAAGAAACGCACUGCUCCUCCUCACAAAGCUCCCUCACCAUCCCAGCAAAAGCCAGAGUUAUUGUAUGCAGACAUUUCCCAAGAUGCCCUGAGGAAUCAAAAGGCUCAGAGAGAGCCAGCUGAACCCACUGUCUACUCAUCUGUCAGGUUUUUCUGACAGCAGAAGACAGAAGACGGAGAUAUGGAGCAGUCGGGUCCAAAGGUCUGUGGUUUAGGGUUAGGGUUAGAUGAAGGCCCAUUAAUUUGGGCCUUCAUCUAUUUUUCCAGUUCUUGUUCUGUAGUGGAAUGAUCAUAUUGGACAGAACUUCAGUGAUUCAGUGUCUUUGAGCCAUCACCAAGAUCCUGGCAUAAUUCUGGUUGGAUGCAAAGCUUUCCGUUAGAGGUGAUAACUUGUUUAAAUGAGAUGGUUUUCUUGCACUGACCCAAAUAUUUAUCAUAUCAUAAGGGCUAUCCAAGAAGCUCAGUGUCAGCCUACUUUGUACAUUACAAAAGCAGUUUGGUUGGGUGUUUAGGAUUAUUGUCCUGUCAUAACUAAUGUGCACAGGUUUCAACUGUCUAGCUGUUGAUUUGAGGUAAAGUUAAAUAACCUCGAGGUAGUUCUUAAUUUUUAUUAAUUCCAUUCAGCUAAGUUUUAUUUAUGGAGUACCGAUUCACACCAAAUGAAUCAUCUUGAGGCAUUUUUUUUAUUAAAAAUGAACAUUUACUUUAUUCUAGUGAUCAAGCAGUACAUUAAGCUCAGUAAAUUAUUCUAAGUAGUUUAAAAAGUUUCUAUCUAAGGAAACGGAGCAGAUUGCAUUGAGUCAUCAAUUUCAAAUUUUCACUCCUUCUGGACGAGCUUGCAUUGAGUCGUUGACUUUACAGCAAUCCCUCCUACAGAGCAUGCAUGUAGUGACAGCGAAGAGAAUUAAAUUCCCGUUAACAGGACAAAACCUCCAGCAGAACCUGGAUCAGUACAAGCAGCCAUCUGCCUCGACCGACUGGGGGUUCGACAGAG